UGCUAUAAUAACAAUAUACGCGUUAGAAUGCUUUUUCUGGAGGAUAAUAAAUAUGAAAACUUUUGCUAGAAAACCACGAUUUUUAUGAGAAAUCUACCAAAAAUAUGAGGCGAAAACAUAGACAGUACAGAGGCACGACUAUUUCUUGUACUACCGGGCAUGUGCGCGAUGCAUCCCAGAAUGCACCGCUUCUAAAGAAAUAAAACAGUGUUAACUUCUUGUUGAUUUUUGGCUACAAUGAGUAUUAAUCGAGGGAUGGCAAAAUUUCGAAUAGCACUCGUCCAGCUCCUUGUCUCUUCUUCCAAAAGUGAUAAUCUGAAGCGAGCAUGUGUGAUGGUGAAGAAAGCAGCAGACCAAGGAGCUAGACUUGUGGUUUUGCCUGAAUGUUUCAAUUCUCCAUAUGGAACCAAAUUCUUUCCUGAAUAUGCUGAGAAAAUUCCUGGAGAAUCAACACAAAUGCUCUCAGAAGUAGCAAAAGAAAAUGGAAUAUAUUUAAUUGGAGGUUCCAUUCCGGAAGACGAUAGUGGGAAACUGUACAACACAUGUGGUGUGUUUGCACCAGACGGAACCAUGCUGCUGAAACACAGGAAGAUACACUUGUUUGACAUUGAUGUGCCUGGGAAGAUCCGUUUUCAAGAAUCAGAAACACUGAGUCCAGGGAGCAAUUUCUCUGUGUUUGAAACCCCUUAUUGUAAAGUUGGUGUGGGUAUCUGUUAUGAUAUGAGGUUUGCCGAGUUAGCUCAAAUCUACACCCAGAAAGGGUGCCAGUUGCUGGUUUACCCAGGGGCUUUUAAUAUGACAACUGGACCGGCUCACUGGGAGUUGCUGCAAAGAGCAAGAGCUGUUGAUAACCAAGUGUUUGUAGCUACAACAUCACCUGCAAGAGAUGAGAAUGCUUCAUAUAUUGCUUGGGGUCACAGCUCUGUAGUCAGUCCAUGGGGAAAUGUGAUUGCUAAGGCUGAUGCUGAGGAAACCAUAGUGUAUGCUGAUAUAGAUCUGCAGUAUCUUGCUGAAGUCCGCCAACAAAUUCCUAUCCAUUUCCAGAAGCGACAUGAUCUUUAUGGUGUGAAGGUGGCACAAGAGUGAUGAAUUCAUGCACAUAGAUACACAGAGUUUUCUGUUACUGUGACUACACUUGUGAAUGUAUUAUCACUCAGACUACAUGAAGAAUAAAUUUCAGCCUGACCUGCAGAACACCUUUUGCACUUAAUCAUGAACUGAAUGAGUCCACAUUGCAGCAGUGUUUAUCUGUUAUAUUUAAAUUUUUCAUUGAUGUUACAUAUAAAAAUGUUAAUACUAAUUAGGCUUUCUUAAGACAGAUUUUAUAAUACAGUGAAUAAAUUAGUUUGUAAACAGCA